GAUGGCAGACGACGGUCCGUCCGCGGCGGAGGACGCGACCGUGGCGAUGGUGAUGGGACUGGGGGACGGUGAUUCUCGCGUGACAAGGGAGCGGCACAAACGCGGGGACGCCACCGCGCCGAUCGUGACUCCGGGGCCGUUCCUCUCGUCGGGUCAGGACGCCACCUCGUCCGCGAAGCGCGUCGACGGACACGAGGACGCCUCUACCACUGCGUCUCCGUGUGAAGCGGACGACUAUCAUCGUUCUCACCACGAGCGUCGUGUUGUUCAUCAGCGUCAUCAUCAGCAUCUUCAUCAUCGUCAUUCUUACCAUCAUCAUCAAUCGCCUUAUCAUUGUAAGCAUCACUUCAAUCCUCAUCGCCAUCACCUCACGACGAAUCAUUGCGACAACGGCAACGAUCGCGGCAGUGGUGAUUCGCCGUCGCCCGUCGACGCGACUGGGUCAACCGCGAGCGACGGCGAGGAGGAAAACGGCGACGGCGACAGUGCGCCCUGCGGUAGCGUCGGCGUCGGCGCCGAUGGCAACGACGGCAAUGGCAAUGGCAGUGUCGGUCUGUAUCACGGCGAUGUUAGAUUCGAGAUAGUCCGAAGCGUCGUGGCGGAGGACGACCACGACGACGACAGCAGCGGCGGCGGCAGCAAUAGCAACAACGGCAGUGGCAGCAGCGACAGCGUCGGCGGCGUCGAUAGUGACUGCGACGGUGAUAGUGGUGGCAGUAGUAAUAGUAUUAAUAGUAAUAAAAGUGGUGCUGGUGGUGUCGCGGAAAUCAUGACCGGUGGUAAUAAUAAUAACAACGCGGCGAUGCGCGUCGGUGUCGAGGACACCGACGGGGCGGCCGACGACACGUCGUCAUCGUCGUCGUUGCCGCCGCGACGCUCGGCGCCGAGCGCGGACAGUGCACCGGAAGUGAACGACCGCGGGGAUCGCGACGGCAGGCGGCGAGCGAGCAUCGCCGACGCGACGAGGGAGGAGGAGACGAGAGGAGCGACCGAGGACGCGGCCGCGUCGUCUGCCAAGGCGGACAACGGAGGCGACGUCGCCGUAGCCAGGCACAGCCAGGGCAGCUCGUUCAAGGGACAGGUUAGGAUGGCCGAGGACACCCUCGUCGGGCCCUGCGGCAAGAAGCGGUGCGCGGAUCGAUACGACAGCUCCGAGAGCUCUGACAGUGGCGUCGCUGUGUCUUGCGGAGAAUGCAGCAGCAGCGGCACCAGCGAUAUCACAGAACCGGGCUCGCCGUGCAGCACCAGCAGCGACGAAGGGGUAGCUGCGUUACGCGGCACGUCCGCCAGUCCGCUGCCGUCUCUGCCCAAGCUGGCGCCGUCAUCGCAGCUCGGUACCAGGCCCCAGUGGCCCUGGACCCCGCCGUUGGCGGCGACCGCCUGCUCCACCACCGCGUACAAGAGGCUGAGGGGCGAACCCGAAGCUGGCGCCCUUCCGCGCUCCGGCGCUGCCGAUCCCACCUCCAGGGGGGCCGUCAAGACGAACGGAAAGACCGCGGGCGGCCAACACCACCACGAGUCCCAGGGCAAGAUCACGGAGUACUUUAAGACGCAGAUUAAACCGCAACAACCGAAGAUAAAGAAAACGAACGAAAUGGUGCUGGCAGCGAAGAAUUCGUCGGAAUUUCGGAGGCCACCUAUGGUGCAGAGGAAUAAAGGCGGCCUCGCUAAGUAUUUAGGCACCGUGUCGUCCAACACAAAUCGCAGUACCAUAACCAACGAGCCCUGGGAAGUGAAAACGCUGACGUCGUCGUCGACGAUUACGAAAAAGGUACCGCUGGUCGUCGUGCCGAGAGCCAACGGUAAGAUAGACAAGAAGCUGCCGAAAUCGCUGCCGAGCCUGCCAAUCUCGAACGACGUACUGAAAAAUCUGCCCAAGAUCUCAUCCCUUAGGUUAACUUCGGACGCGAGUAUCAAUUCGACCAAGAGCAGCACCUCGCCUGCAACUGCCACCCCGUCGCUAAUAGGUGAUCCGCUGGACUUCAAGGCGAUCUUGGCGAAGCCGCACGUGAAUGAGAACAACAAUCUGACGAACAGCUGUGGAGGUAUCCUGGGCGUAUUAAGGUCGCAGAGCAGCCACGAUUCCCCCAUUUCGAGGUUAUCUUCGCCGUCAAAAGAAGACAGUAAGGAUGAGGAUGGCCAGUCGGUGCCGAUCGACGAAGACGAUGUAGACGAGGAGGACUCUCGAGGUAGCGAAUCGAAACCGUCGCCUAUCCUCUCGGCACCCACCACCAUCCGGUUCCCGGCACGAGCGCCCGAGAAGGAUAGGUCGCAGGCCUCUGAUAACGGAAUCUGUCGCUGGGAUAAGUGCGAGGCCAGCUUUGAAUAUGUGGGUGGCCUUUUGGAGCAUCUACAGGCUGCGCACGUCAACACGCAAACCGGCGGCGACAAUUUCGUCUGUCAAUGGCAGGGAUGUAAGGUGCAAGGUAGGACCUCGUGUUCCCGACGAUGGCUAGAGAGACAUGUACUGUCUCACGGCGGCAAUAAACCUUUUCGGUGUAUCGUCGACGGUUGCGGUUGUAGAUUCAGUUCCCAGACCGCCCUUGAGAGGCACGUGAACGGUCACUUCAAUCAGCCGGAAACAAGCAGCAGUAACGGGAGACGCAGUUGCGAGAACGGCGGCAAGCUCGUUAGGAGGAAUGGCAAGAAGCUUAGAUAUAGGCGGCAACCUUGGUCUGCGAGACUUUUUGAUUACUUUGACUCGGGAGUAAUGGAGGGUCUUCAGCACAGGCUACUGGAUUUAGCGACAUCGAGGACGCAGGGGCGACUAGCUGAAACGCCAGGAAACUCGAUGACACUAACUAGUCAAAUUUUAGCGAGGAGAGUCGAAACAGACGGAAAGACGAAGGUAUUACUACGAUGGUAUCCCCAAGACAUAGAACCGGACGAAUGGGUACUAGAAUCCGAAGUACAAAGCACGAAGCACAUAGAUAUUCGUAAAGCGGCCGCUAGUAACCCGGAACAAGUGAGUUUGGCUCUCUAUCCCGCGAUAAGCGGUAGCACGCCGCCGACGACGCAGGCGAAGCAGCGUCGGAAGCCAGUAAAGAAUUCGUGAUAAUGCCGGCCGAUCGGCCGAAUACCAGAACUGACCUAACGAGCGCCGACAUCUGUACCAGAGAAGAGGAGCACAGUGUUGCCGUUGACACGAGCACGACACGGUCUGUAAAUGCUUCCUGGUCGGUGAAGACGAAGGUCGCAACGGUGCGACCUGAAACACCCAAACGUAUCGGAAGAGACGAAGGCCGCUUUAGAAGAUAACUAAUCUAAAGAUAAACGACCAAUUCUUAAGAAAUCGAUUAAAAAAUAAGAAUCGCAACGUCGAAGGAAAUCGCGCGAGAGAUAAAGUCGGGAUGAGUUCGAGUAGCAACGUAGUAGCGAUAAGAACGAGGGAACACAACAAAGGCGGACGAACAAAGGGGAGAACGGGACGAUUGCUCAGCAACAUGAACAUCUUCGUCGUUAUUUAUUGUCGGAUACAUCUACUAACGCGCUAGUUUUCUACGCGAAUCCCUGCCACAUCUCGCAUAUUUCGACGCUUCGUCGGCUUCGGAAGCGCUAAGUCUGGGCCUCGAAAGUGCCUCACCGUGGAUACAUUUUGUUCCGUCUUCUACCGCUGAUCAAGAUCCCAGGGACAGGCGUGAAGGAAACGGUAGUGACGAUAGAUAGAGACAAAACGAGAGAGAGAAAAAAGAAAGCAGUAAAGAGGAGCUUUUGCGUAAUUUGGUUUUGCCAAAGGAAACAGAGGGAGUGCACAGACAAAUUUAUUUAAGCGGUAGUUAACAAUUUAUAAGGAGAUAAUCACUCUGGUGGCCUUAGGAUUCAAUUAAUAUCUAACAACGGCCCCUUGGCACUUCCGGGAACUGAUAGUAUCUUUGCGAUCUCCGACGAUGUCGAGAGAGAGAGAGAGAGAGAGGAAAAGGAGAUGCGACUACCUCGAUUUACAACUCGGUAGAAACUCGCGUCAGCUGUCGUCACACGAUGACACGAAGAGAAUCGAGAGGAAGAAGAUGGAGGAAGAUCGUGGACAGCGCGAAGCGGACGCAGAAGACUGUAUCGGAACUGUAUGAGGGAUGAAAGAAAAUCGGGGAAGGGGAUUUUUUAGGCUGUUGGGUGAGAAUGCAAGAGCACGAAUGAAAGUAUGUAUGUGUGCGCGAGAGGCUGAGUGAUAAAUGCUCCGAAUUCGCCGUUAUUUCCCUAAAUGGGGUUGACAGUCUCCCAGGCUGAAAAGCUCGGCAUGAAGUUGAAAGAUUGCGGCAUAAUCGGACGACACGUGUGGCAACGCGAGAUUUCUGUCGAGAUUUAUUUCUCCGUUUCUUCAUGUGAAACGGAGAGGCGAUGUACAAAACAAAAUUAAGGAAAAGAGAGUGAUUCUCAAAGGCCCGAGGCAUGCGCGAGCCAACUUUUGCAGACAUCAUCGAGCUUGCCUCGUUUCCGCGCCUCCCCGAGACGUGUUCGAUUUCUCAUGUACUUCAUUAUUCGCGUUAUUUUUAUCUUUCUGCUGAGUCUCGCGCAGCAUGUUUGGCGUACACUCGUCGCAAUUAAAGAGCGCAAAAUUUAAUCGAGUGCCAAGAUGAGGAGAAACGGGAGUAGCUAAACAUGCUGCGCGACCGCAACCGAUGAGCUGUUACCCUCAAAAGGGGUAAAUUACAUAGGCUGUGUUACAUUUCCCACGGGUUUGUUAAACAAAAAAUGGGUUGCAAGGGAGUGAACAAAGAGCGCGACGUGUGCCGCGUCGUUGCCUCUACGAUUCGCGCUUAUGGCUUAUCGCGGUCACAAAAAGAGAAAUCAAUUUUGCGAUCCACGAAAGCUCUUCGCGGAUGAUCGCGGGGCAGCAACGCCGCGCGCGUCUGCAUGCAUAGCGAAUAGAAUUUCAUAUAAGUUAAGGCGCAGGAGAGGAAUAUGUGUGUAUUGAACGACUGAGAAUUGAUCCGAGAUAUGAAUGAGAGAAAGGGGUGGAAUGGGUGAGUAGAUAGCAUGUUUGAAUGAGGCAUCGAGCGACUGAAAAAGAAAUGGAGACCGUAUGAGACACACUGACAGACAAAGACGGAACGUCAUUACACACCAGCUAAGAAACACUGCCAAUAUAAUUGUAAUUAAGAGCUCUACGACAUAAUUAAUCAAUUAAUUAUUCUUACUAUUAUUAUAAAGUAUGAUUGUAAGUGUAUAACCGAAUAGAUCUCUAGCUGACGCGCGAGGAUGCAUGUAAUAAGAAACGGCCGUUCCGACAAUCGCGUCGUUGUCACGUUCGCUCCCUGGGACACGGAUAUUUUAAUGAAUGACAAUUACUUUUUCUCAAACUGCCCGCGUGUAAAGGGGAGAAGGGUGGGGAGGGGGUGUUCCGUGCACGUGGCGUGCACGGCGCGUCGCGAACGCGAGGCCGCGAGUUGUAAAUGUAAAUACUUAGUUGAAAUUAUCCUAACGAAACGGCAUAUUACACGAACCCUGUACUCGCCAGCCGCGAGGCUUGCUAAUCGUCGCCGCUUGAGGCAAGCCACUCGCGAGUACCGCGAAAGCUAUCUAAAAAAAAAAAAAGGUAUAUCUCUCUGUAUCCGUUGAUUUUCGAAGCACAGCGUUCCCGCGAAGGGCGGCACGCAUACGGCGGUGGAUUAUUUCCUUCCUUUUGAGGGAAUCGAAAGAGAUCGGCACCGGGUAAUAUAAACGCGUCACUGCCACAAUCACGCACUGCCAGCCCCGUCGUUCUCUAACGACGCGCCUCUAACGUAGUAUCUCUCUAUUGUGCACGAGCAUAUAUUCGUUCAUAUCGUGCUUCUAAGAAACUCGUCGUCGGCUCUUUUCUCUUUAUACGUACAUACAUACAUAACACAUAUACACACACGGCCUAGCCGCAGCCAUCGUUCCCGGAUUUGUAUAUCCUUCGAGUAUAUAUCGUCGUUCCUAAGGAAAGAUUCAUUAACAUGACAUUUUGUAAAUUUAUUUGAAAAUUAUGACCUAAAUUCAGUUUUUACGUUUGAAUGACAUCCGUGGACUUGGAACAAUUAAUUAUUUUUCGCCCCCUGAAGGGUGUGUCAAUCUAAAUGGAGGAUUAAUUUAUUUUUAUCUUGAAAAGAUUAAUUACUUAAUUUUAUAUAGUUUUCUUUAAGAUCGGCGAUAUUCUCGUAGCGUUCAUAUAUCGCGCACUGCCAAAUUUCAUCGAGCACGUGAUCUAAGGCACUGCCAGUGAGACAUACAGAACAGGACGAGUGUGAAAAGAGACAUCGUAGGUUCUGCCGAGGAGUCCUACCCGCGUUUCGUAUCGAUCUGUGUUUCAUCGGGACUCCUCAAUGCCAUACGAUGUCUCGCGAGAAAUCGUUAUGCGUUCUUCGUGAUCCCGCUUUCGGGCCGAAACACAAUAAAAUAUAAAAAUGAUAUUUAAAAAGCAAAGAAGUUGCUAGAGUAAUGGUCAAGGUGUACAAAUAACAUAAAAAUUCGGGAUACGCACCUUAAAAAAUAUUUGAAAGGUAAUGAUAUCUUUGUUACAUAUUUUAAGCGUUGUGUUACUUUCGAUUUAUUACUUUUGUAUGCAAUCCUUGCUUCUCUUCGAUAUCUUUAUUUUAUAUUUCAUUGUGUGUUCGAACAUUCAUCGUACGUUCAUCGUCAAACUUUUUUUGUGGCGCGAUUAUCCCCUCCUUUCGAUUGUUAUUUCUAUCUUUUCACCUUGCCGACUUGUCUGUCGCAUGAUCUCUGCUCAUUGUAAGACGAAUUGUCAGUCAAGAUUGUAUCGAUUAGGCAAGGGACCAAUCUUUUACGUGAAAACUCAUCUGCCAUUUCUGGCACAAAUAAUCGUUUCACGGAAUAUGUCUUUCUUUGCAACCGACCAAUUAGAGCGAUCGUAUAUCAAGACUUUUUAGUUAAUACGCGAAUAUUUAAUUUUAAUUUAUUAAAAAGGAAAAGAGCUGAGCAGAGGUUCCAUUAGACAUUACGUAAUUUUUAUUUUCUUUUUCAUCAUUUUCGUAAUCUAAGCGCAAAGGUGAGACGAUAGAAAGAAUAUUCGAUUGAACUUGAAUCGCGCUUGAUCUCUUGGAAUGGAAGAACCGCGACAAAUGGUAAAAGAGUGAGAAUGAGGAAGAGGAAAGCUCUCUUCGAAGGUCCUUCCAGUUUAUAUGAUCUAUUUUUUGCGAUAUAAAAUUUAAAUUCGAGCGGAUCAGCAAUACGCGAAAAUCACGGAAAGAUACGACAAAGGAAGUUUUGUGGUAAUUUUUUUUUAGCUCGAUACGAUAUAUUAGCGAUCUUGUUUACAAUAAGUUUUUCGAGUUGCGAAUAUGUUUAGGUCGCUCAUGUAUAAUUAUGUAAUUGGCGAAUUUAAUUUCGAUUAAGUAUUCUCUCGUUACUUCCCUGUUGUAACUAAAAUCGCGGGUAAGAGUUAUUACACCUGCGUUGCGUUCAAUGUCGUCAUUAGCCAAGAAAACGAACUGAUUGCAUUUAGCUAAAGGAAUUUUUUGCGCUGUGGCAUGACGGCCGCAUGCUCGAAUCGAUGGCGAAUCACAAAUUCUCUGUAAACAUGGAUAUUAAAAAAUACACGUGGCCUAGCCACACAUACACACGCGUAACUGUAGCGUCUUGUGUAUUUAUCAUCGUUUGUACCAUCGGCCUGCUGACAAUUCUAAAUUAUCGUUGUAGAAUCAAUAUCGAAUUUUUUAUAAUAAUAAAGAGACGGAAGGCUGAAAGAGAACUGGGGGAGGGAGGGGGGGACACGCGUAUAAAAGCAGCGUAAAACGAUUUGUAUACGUCUUUCUAGUGCACGAAAUCUGACCGGAAAUCAUCCCACUUCUAUGAUUUCUGGUGUUCUUUUUUUACACACGUUUCGUGCAUUUUUAAAAAUAGAAUUGUGUAAAUCAGUCCAUGCGAUGCAGCGCAAUGCAUUAUUAAAUAAUAUGGGCGUACGUUUAAGGAAAACGUUGUAAAGUGUUCUCUAAGUUAAUUAGGUCUGUAUUAGCGUGGAAAGAGAGAGCAAAAAAUAUAAUGAAGCGAAAUACGUGGACACUCAUUCUUUUUUUCCUGUUGCGUUUUUUUUGGAAAUAACUUUGUGGAACACAUAUAUACGCAUACACACACACACACAUAUACACCGUAGAUUUACUUUUUUGAUGCGUGUGAGAGAGAGAAAGAGAGAGAAAAGCAUUAGCUGUAAUUAAUAUAGGACAAAAAUAAUGGGUGCGAGAAAGAGAAAGAAUGAAAGGAAAGAAUGAAAGAGAAAAAGAUGUGCGAGAGUAGCAUGGAGAGGUACAGGAAUUCUGUGGGCGUCGUAUUUUUGCAAAAAUUAGAAGAAGAAAGCACAAAUGAAUGAAAUACGAAAGGAAUUUUAACCUGUGAGAUUCUCCUUAUCUACUUAAUCAUGACUUAAUCAUAUUUCAUUGAAUUAAUUAUCUAGUAGCGUGCAAAGUAUCAUUUUCAGAGAAAACAAAUUUUAUUUCUUCUUUUUCAUAAAAAUCCACGCGAAAAACUUAAGAAGCAUUCAGAAUGCUAAUUGCAUAAAUUUUAAGUCAAAAAAAGACAUAAACUUAUUGCAUUAAUUUAUCGGACGUAUAGAUCAGUACUUAUCUUUGAGUAAAUGAAGGCACACGCAACUGACACUUUCGCGUGGAAUUUCCUGGAGUGUACUGGCAAAAACCGAGAGGGCAGAUUUUUACGAGAGCGUACACAACUUGAGGAUCUCACACGGCGUUGACGAAAGAAGGAAACUAGCGAGAGUUGCACACGUUACAAACGUGCGGGGGCUCGGCGCGGCUCUUCAGUUUUCGUCGGACUCGAUCGUCACUGUACGUGGAUGUAGCAGCGUGUCGAUAGAAGUUACAAGGCUUGUAAAUGUAUAAAGGAAAAGCAGCAGCACACACACAUACACACACCGGGAGAAACGGAUAUUAUUUUCAGCGGGCGACGGCGGCGGGACGCGGAGAUCGAGAGGCACAUAAUUUUUCGACCGGGUUUCUUUGCCGCGGCUCCGGGAGUUGUAAAUAAUUGUAUGUGACGCGAUAUACAAAGGGCCCACCCCCGAGAUAUGUGCAUAUAAGUAUAGCUUAUUACAGAUAUAGUGUUUGCAUUUAUUAUAAAUUCUAUGUAAAAGCGUGACGAGAGAGAGAGAGAGAGAGAAAGAGUUCAAGCGAUCGCGACGGGGGCCGCCCAAAUCCUACUUAGCGAAACGCCGUUAAUUCGCGCAAUCAGUAUUAGAAGUACGUCUUUCUUCCUCAGUUCCAAAGAGUUCUGUAAAUCGCCGCGUAUUUUUGUUAUUAUUUAACUCGUCAAUCUUAUUCGAUCGAUUUGUUUUUUUUUUUUUUUUUUUUCUAUAAAUAGUGUACGAUAUAAACCGUAUUAUUACGAUAGAUAUCUCUCCUUAUUAUACUUUGAAUCCUCCGAUACUAAUCGCGGCCCCGCGAGAUUGCUACGGUUAGAGAAGUGCUUGUACUUGUAUAAAAGUAGGAAAAAUAUAUUGCAUAGUUUAAACUAAUAUGGUUUAUAGCGUGUAGAAAGAAACUUGAAGUAUAUAUACGCGCGGGACGACGAAAACUGACGAGCCCACCAUAACAUUUAGCUUCGUUAUCUCGCGAGCCCCAUAGAUUCUUAAAAGGUAAAGGAGAAACGAUAUUUCUCGUGCUACGGAUGAAGCGGCGAGGAUCGGGCGCGACAUUUUUCGAUUAUCUGAAAUACCUAUAAUAUCGGGCCGAAUUUUGGGCCGAAACGAUCUCACGAAUUUCUCGUCGCUUCGCCGAGGUCGAUGGUAGCGUUUCUCAUAUCCGACAAGACUCGACAAGACUCAAAUUGCGUAGCGAAGAGGGAGCGAAAGAGAGCACGGUUGUUUCGCACUGCCAAAUAAUAAUAAAGGAAAAGACAACUUGCGUUCAUUGUGUGGAUCGACCGAUCGUUUAAAAGCACCGCCGGUGUUCAUUAAUCCACAUAGUGGUUCUACAAGGAGGGGAAAAAAAGGGAAAAUUUUUCGGAUUAAUAGCUAGGAGAGAAGCGAAACGCGGCAUGCACGCGGGAGCUUUUCCCAAAGUCCGAGCGAAUGAGAGACGAAUAAGAGAGAGAAUAUCCGAGCGUCGAACAGUGCUUUGUCUUUUUUGGAUAUUUUCAUGUACAAACGAAUGACGGUUUAUAGCUCAAGAACAGAACAUUAAAGAGAUAGAUAUUGUAAGAGAAUAAUAAUAAUUUCACGGUUGCGAUAUCGUAUUCUUGUCUGUGUCUCUUCACUUACCAUUCCCGAAAAUGAUUCCUAAUCUUCAACCAAGUCGAAUAAUAUUCAUCUCGAUGCUUUUAUCUUCCGAUCCAACAAGUCUUCAAAGUUUGCGAUUUAAUUGUCGUCUUUACGAAUCGAUAAUUUUCUUGUAACUCAAAUCUAUAAAUGAAUACAAGAUGCCAAUUAAAAGUAAAAUAAUGUAAAUACGGUACUUCAAUAUCGAAAUGUGAAAAGCUAUCCCGAUUAAUAAGUUUCAGAAUUGCAUAAUGCUGGCAGUUGAUUGCGGCGAUACCUGGAUGCUGUGCAGUAUACAUCAAGAAUCAUCUCUCUGUGCGCACAUCUUCCGGAGUCAGGAUGAAGGUGAAAAUAAAGCCUCAGGCGAGUUAGUUGAACAUGAUUGAUUAUUAUUCAUCGUCGAAACAUUGCACGUACUUUGCAAUUUACAAUAUAAUACCUAUAAUACAAAAUACUAAUAGUAAUUGCUUGAUAAUAAUAUUAAUGAUAGUGAUAACUGAAAAUAUGAAGAUGGAGGGUAGGUGGAAGAGAAUGAGCAGGGUAGCGAGAUUAAACGUAGAAAUGCUUAGACGAUAAUAAAGAGUUGGGUCCAAAAAUUCAGUCGGUCGCAGUACGAUUUCAUUAUCGAGCUACGGCUCUCGAUGGCUCUUCUUGGCACUUGCCUACUCACAUCAGAGCGUGGUGUACAGAGUGUCUCGAGAAAUGCGUGUGCGAGAAUAUAUAAUCCCUUCUCGUUUUCUCCGUGAAAUUUUCGUCCGAUCCUUCCUUACCGAAAGCUUCAUCGGGGAGAUUAAAUGGCCGAUAUGUAACAAAUAUUUGAAGUAUCAUCGAGCGAAUCAAGCGUAAAUGAUACAAAAACCAAUACAUCGGCUGUUUUUCAUUCGUCCGCAUUCGUCUGCAUUCGAUCGGU